AUGGGGCCUCUCCGGCUCAGCCGGGCCCUGGCCUUUCGCACCCACGGAGCUUCAUGUGGCCAGAGGAGGAGCGGCUGCCGGGAGUCCAAGGGGACACACCGCCUCCUGGAGCAAUACGUUCACAACAGGGACGUGUGCGUCCAGUCUGACAGGGCCGUCGGGGUGUUCGUGUCUGUGACUGAGCUCGGGCGCUCAACUGCCGGAUGGGACCUCCCGAGGGAGCUCCUGGAGCUGAGGGAGAGCGCUGUGGACGCGGUGUGCCGAGGCCACCAGGAGCUGCACAAGGUAUUCUUCUUCCCACUCCUAAUCCGGCCCGAAGUGAAAGUGCUCCCUCCAAGAAGCAAGAAGGGGCCGCCUCGGCGCCCCAACCUGCUCUUCUGCCACGUGACAGAUUUCUCUCCAGGGAACAUUCAAGUCCACUGGCUCCUGAAUGGGCAGAAGAAAAUCGGCAGGGCUCUGUCCACUAACAACAUCCGUAAGGACUGGACCUUCCAGAUCCUGGUGAUGCUGGAACUGAACCCCCAGCAGGGAAACGUCUGCACCUGCCCAGUGGAGCAGACCCGCUUGGACAGACCUGCCUCCAUGGAGUGCAACUGA